CCCUUAGGUCACAUGACCCGCUUUUGCCGAGCGCAACUGGAGAACGGGGACGUUCCCAGGCCGGCUCCGUUCAUCCCGUUCGCGCGCUGCCAACUUCUUGCCGAUAUACGUCAGCAGGAGAUAAAACUAACCUCAAAUAUUGGGGCCGAUGAGUCCCCCGGGGCAGCGCCUGUUUGUGCCUUACUUUGAGGCAUUGGGGUGGGCUGCCCGGAAAUUCCGCGUUGCUGAUCCUCGUGUGCUGAGCACGUUGAGGUUGGCCGGAAGGCUUAAUGACAAAAAAUGUGAGUAGACCUUCAACAUGGUUGCAAGGGUUCAGCCUCAGAAAUGUUUUGAAGCCACUUUGACAUUUGGGCGCUCUCUCUAUGUAUUAUGCGCAAAGUCACAAAACCAGCCCAAAUGUUGCCAUGUCAGAGUUUUCCGCCCAUUUCCAAAAACGGCCACUCGCAUGGCACAUGCGGAUGUUUCUUUGCACGUAAAAAAAAAAGCAAAAGCAGAAGUGAAGUAGAAAGUGCAACCCCCAAGGCAAAGUGAGCUUCAUUUCGAGGAGGAGCAGGAGGAGGAGCUGAGUGGGAACAACCUCCCCUGCACUCACUUGCCGUCAGAAACGCCUGAGCGGCGCUCGCAGACGGCAGCAGCACGGCACGGCCGGCGCCACAAACCUUUCCACGCUGGGAUGUGACUUUUUCCUUCCAAGCAAGCUUGAGGGGGAAGAUGAACGCCAGCGCCCACGCGCCGCCGAGGACCUUCCAGCCGCCCACCAUCCCGGUCAUCAUGUUCAUCUUCGGGGUGGUGGGCAACGUGACGGCCAUCGUGGUGCUGCGCAUCUCGCGCAAGGAGCAAAAGGAGUCCACCUUCUACACGCUGGUGUGCGGGCUGGCCGUCACCGACCUGCUGGGCACGCUGCUGGCCAGCCCCGUCACCAUCGCCACCUACGUGCGCGGCGGCUGGCCCGGCGCCCGCCCGCUCUGCCAGUACUCGGGCUUCGUCCUGCUCUUCUUCUUCCUGGCGCAGUUGUGCAUCCUGUGCGCCAUGUCGGUGGAGCGCUACCUGGCCAUCAACCACGCCUACUUCUACAACCGUUACGUCAACCAGCGGCUGGCGGCGCUGGCGCUGCUGGCCAUCUACGUCAGCAACGCGGGCCUGUGCGCGCUACCCAGCGUGGGCUUGGGCCAGGUCAAGCUGCAGCGGCCCGGCAGCUGGUGCUUCAUCGACUGGCACGGCGGCGCCAACCGCACGGCGGUGGCCGCCUUCAACCUGGCCUACGCCGGCGUCAACGCCGCCGUGGUGCUGGCCACCGUGGCGUGCAACGUCAUGGUGUGCGGCGCGCUCAUCCUCAUGCACCGCCGCUUCGUCCGCCGCACCUCGCUGGGGGCCGGGCGGCGCCAGGCGGCCCGCGAGCAGCCCGCCCCCCGCAGGAGCCUGGGCCGGCUGGCCGGGGCCGAGAUCCAGAUGGUCAUCCUGCUCAUCGCCACCUCGGCGGUGGUGCUCGUCUGCUCCAUCCCCUUGUUGCUGAGGAUCUUUGUCAACCAGCUGUACAGCAAGCAGAAGGAAGAGUGGACGGGGCUCAACAAAGACCUGCUGGCCAUCCGCAUGGCCUCCGUCAACCCCAUCCUGGACCCGUGGGUCUACAUCCUGCUGCGGAAGACGGUGGUCCUCACGCUCAUGGAGAAGAUCAAAUGUCUCUUCUGCAGGAUGGGGCGGGGCCGGCGAGGAGGCCGCGGCGGCAAACACUUCCGCUGCGCCGGCGUCCCCCUGUCCUCCUCCUCCGUGAUGUCGCGCGACUCGCCCUCGCUGGUGUCGCGAGGGUGCCCGGGGACGGCGUGCACCUCGCAGACCUUCCUGUGGCCGGCCGAGGGCGGGACGGGCUCCUUUCGGGAGGGGGCGGCCGGGGGCGGACGCGAGCCGCCCAGCCCGAGCGAGCGGCCCAAGCCGGAUUUGCAAGUGUCACUUACGGACGGGACGGCAAACAUCCAGGAGAGGAUUACCUGAGCAAAGACUCUCCGCUGGCGCAAGUUGUCACUACAUCUCGUCGGCCGGAGCCGAACUUUUUUUGAAUGAAGCUUCAUGGCCAGUUGUGAUUCAGCGCCUGGACCGGACUUACAGCCAACCCCCGUUUAUUGCGGGGUUCAGGAAGAAAGUCGGCCAUAUCGAAAAACCAAAGAGAAAAAAGAAAUCGCACAUUUAACCAAGUACAGUGAAGCCCGGCACCAAGCGCAUUUUUCGGGGACCUGUUCUUCAUGACUUGUCGCCAUCUUGUGGCCUUUUACUGCCAAGGAAUUCCGUUGAGAUACAUUGAGGAGCUUCAUUUGGACAAAAGUAGUGCUUCGUUACCAUCGUGUGGCAUCUAUGGCGAUUCCAAAUAUUUCUGGGAGUGUGACAAUUGUAAAUCUUUCGGGUUUGUACUGCCUGAUCUGAAUUUUGUCAUCAAAUGUGUCUGUGUUAGCUUAGCAUCGAGUAAACAAAAACAAAGCCUACCUUCGCUGUUUUGGCGCUCUCGGCCGCAUAGUUGUCCAAAGGAGAGGCAUAGCCUGCUCGCUUCGAGUCACGCCUGUAGAAAACAAAACGACAAUCAGACAUCAAACAGUCAACAAAAGCGUCAUCCCAACAAAAGUCUGCUAGCUUAAAAUGUUAACAUAAUAGCAAGUGGCAAAAAUGAGCAGAGCCACAUGCUAGAGGUUCAUCUCGCCUUCUGUUUCUUCUUCUCUCUGCUAACUCCACUGCAUCACCUCAAGUAGCGCUCUGCGCUGCCGUCUUGUGGCGCAAGGUGGCGCUACACCGAAGGUAUGCUACAUUCAUCAAGCAGGGGGUUGGCUCAACAGAACUAUUCUCCCAUCCCAUUUGCCAAAAAGUUCCUUUUCCGAGAGCGUUAGCCACGUGCUACGUGACCAGUAAGCUAGUCAAAUGUGAACGCUGCUGUUGCCAGAAGCGAAUGUAUUUUGCGUAUGCUAACGUGCACGCGAUGGUCUUCUCCGUGAGAAGGUGCAGAGGUUUGGAGGCCAGCUUUCGGGGUAUCAGCGCCACCGCCGAUGUUGCUCACUUUGCCUUGAAUGUAUGAAAGAAAGCGCCUGCAGGAAAACUCUUAUCCUUGUACAAAAUGAGAGCAAGAAUAAAGUUGCUGUUAAACCUC